AUGCAAAUUUGUCAUGGAAAUAAGAAAUGUCCACCUUGUUCUCAUAUGAUGUUAACUCCAUUAACUUGUCGUUGCGGUAAAACAAAAAUUAUGCCACCAAUCCCAUGUGGAACACAACCACCACAAUGUAAUUAUCCAUGUCUUAUUAUUCCACCAUGUGGACAUCCACCAGUACAACAUAAUUGUCAUUUUGGACCAUGUCCAAAAUGUACUUCAUUAACAGAAAAGACUUGUUAUUGUGGUAAAAAUAAAGUAAAAAUACCUUGUUAUAUUGAAAGUGCUUCAUGUGGUCAAAUUUGUGGUAAACCUAUGCCAUGUGGUGUUCAUGUUUGUAAGAGAGUUUGUCAUGAUGGUCCAUGUACUGAGAAUGGUCAAUGUCCAUAUGAGUGUGGAAAGAAAAAACCUUAUUGUACCCAUAAUUGUAAUAGUAAAUGUCAUGGCAAUACUCCAUGUCCAACAACUCCAUGUGACCAAUUAGUUGAAGUAAAGUGUGGUUGUGGAUUUAGAAAAGUUCAAGUGGUUUGUGGAGCAACACCAGAACAUCCAUGGCAACACAGAACUAUUGAUUGUAAUUUAGACUGUUUAAAAGAACAUGUUAGAAAGGAGAAAGUUGGAGUAGAUAAAAAAAGAGUAGAUUAUCCAUUAUGGUUUUUAUGUUUAUAUGAUGCUGCAGGAAGGGCAAGCAAAGCAUUAGAAACUACAAUUAUUGAAUUUAUUAAUGAUAUUGAUAAGAAGUCUAUGAUGAUGCAACCAAUGAAUUAUUUAGUCAAUUUAGUGUUUACUUAUUUGUGUGGGUAUUAUCAAAUAAACAUUGUGCCAAUGGUAGUUAAGAAAUCACAACGCUUAAUGAUGGAAAAACAAGCAUUAAGACCAGUGCUAUGUGUUCCAACAGUAUAUGAUACAUUACCCUUAUACAGAACAUUAUUCCAUCCAAAGGAUAAUGAGUUUGUUGUAAAUGUAAUUGUGUACGAUACUGACUAUGGUGAACAAACAAUGAUUAUUCAUUUAACUCAAAUUAGUGAACAUGCGCAAGAGCCUAUUGAACGAUUCCUUAGUAAGAUUAAAUAUAAUUGUAGACAAGAGCCAGUAAACAAGAGUAAUAUCAUACUAUUUUUUGAAGACAUUGAUUCAUUAGAAUAUGCAGUAAAUAAUUUUAAGAAAAUGAAAGGAUUUAUUGUUAGAGAAGAUUUAUUAAUUCCUGAAGAAAAAGAGGAAACUUUACUACAAAAUGAAGACAAAUCAUUUACUGAUAUUGCUUUAAGAAUAAUUUCAGGAAUGUUGAAUGAAAAAUUUCAUAAUAGGGAUAUUGUUGGAAAAAUUAUGAUGAAUAUGCCAGCUUAUUCAAGAGCUGCUUUAUCUAAUUAUUCUACAACAUGGAAAUGUUUAAAAGAACAAAAAGAACCAACUCUUAAUCUUGAAAUGAAUACUCCACCUAAUUUCAUAUUAAAAGAAAUGUAUAUUGAUUUCAAUGUUAAUAGAACUCAAAUUAAUCAAAUUGUAGGGUAUCAUGAUCAAAUUCUUUCUUUUGAUAUGAACCUUUAUAUAGGUGCAAGUGAAGAUAAAAGAGUUCAAGUUCAAUGGAAUAAAGAUAUUGGAGAAGGAGGAAAAUAUUUCCAUUUCUUUAAGACUAUUUCUAAUGAAAAAGAAGUUUCUUUAUUGAGAAGAAAGAAAUUAUUUGUUUGGAUAGAAUACAAAAAUAAAGACGUCAUUGGUCAUAGAGCUAAUGUUAAUCUGUAUUUCGAAGCUCGUUUCCUUCCACUAAUUAGUCAAAAGAAAAAUAAACAACCUAAAAAAUGA